GUCCGCGGGAAGCCGCCGGGAGUGAUCCCCGCUUCCCACCGACCCGCUGGCCGUCCCCUCGGCGCCCGCGCUCGCUCCGAUGGAGCUGGAGGAGACGCCGCUCGCCCCUCCGAAGACCAUGCUGCUUAUGCUGAGGAAAGUUCGCAAGAGGCGGGAGAUGCUGCUGCAGCAGCUGGGCUUCAUCUGCGCCAUCCUCUUCUUCGCCUGGUGCAUGUCCAGCCUGCUCUCCAGAGUGGGCCAAGAAUCAGCUGUUGCAGACAGAAGCAUAUCAGGAAUAUGGAGGAAUAGAAGGUUGAUGGCAUCACCUAAUGGGACACAUGAAGAGAAGAACUGUACAGAUCCAGCCAUUAAUGAGUUUCCUGAAGAUAUAUUUACAAAUAAAGAACGACAGCAAGGAGGAAUUCUGCUUCAUAUCAUUGCUGCUCUUUAUAUGUUUUACGCUUUGGCCAUAGUAUGUGAUGACUUCUUUGUUCCAUCCUUAGAGAAAAUUUGUGAGAAACUACAUUUGAGUGAAGAUGUUGCUGGAGCCACAUUCAUGGCAGCAGGGAGCUCCACUCCAGAGCUGUUUGCAUCUGUUAUAGGUGUAUUUAUCACUCAUGGAGAUGUAGGAGUUGGGACCAUUGUUGGUUCAGCAGUUUUCAACAUUCUCUGCAUUGUUGGUGUCUGUGGACUGUUUGCAGGACAGGUGGUUUGUCUCACCCAGUGGGCAGUGUUCCGGGAUUCUGUAUACUACACAAUAUCUGUGAUCGUACUUAUUGUGUUCAUAUAUGAUGAGAAAAUAGAAUGGUGGGAAAGCCUUGUACUCAUCAUUAUGUAUUCAUUCUACAUACUUAUCAUGAAGUACAAUGUGAAGAUGCAAAAUUUCUUCACCCUUAAAAGCAAGAAUGUUGGAAAUGGUGACACAGUCAACAAUGAGCUGGAAGAUGGUAAUAAAUGUUAUGCCUCUAGUUGUGAUGACCCAUCCAUUCCAUUACUAUGGAAAGUGAAGGGGUCACAGCAGUAUGGCAAAAACAGUGUUGUGAUGGUGGAUGAGAUAAUCUGCUCCAGUCCUCCCAAAUACCGGUUCCCUGAAGCUGGAUUACGGAUUAUGAUCACAAAUAAGUUUGGACCACGCACCAGAAUGCGGAUGGCAAGCCGACUCAUCAUUAAUGAGCGCCAGCGGUUAAUCCAAUCUGCCAAUGGCUCAAGCAAAGCACUUCAGAACAGGAGACAAGAGAAUAUUGAAAAUGGAAACAUCCCUGUGGGGAACCAAGAGGAGGAAAAUGAACAGGACAGUCUAACUCCAUUUUCAGUGCCAGAUGGAAAAAUGAACAAAAUUAAAUGGCUUUUGACAUGGCCAUUGAUAUUCUUGCUGUUUACCACAAUUCCAAACUGCAGCAAGCCACGCUGGGAGAAGUGCUUUAUGAUGACAUUCAUCUUGUCCACUCUCUGGAUUGCCUUGUUCUCCUACUUCAUGGUGUGGAUGGUGACUGUGAUUGGAUACACCCUUGGGAUACCAGAUGUGAUCAUGGGCAUUACUUUCCUGGCUGCAGGAACAAGUGUCCCAGACUGCAUGGCCAGUUUAAUAGUAGCAAGACAAGGCCUUGGUGACAUGGCAGUAUCCAAUACAGUUGGGAGCAAUGUCUUUGACAUUCUGGUGGGACUUGGUGUUCCAUGGGGUUUGCAGACCAUGGCGAUCGAUUAUGGAUCAACUGUUAAAAUAAACAGCAAAGGAUUGGUUUAUUCAGUUGCACUUUUGCUAGGAUCAGUGGCACUUACUGUGUUUGGAAUCCAUGUAAAUAAGUGGAAACUUGACAGGAAGUUAGGCAUCUACGUGUUGCUUCUUUAUGCUAUUUUCCUGUGUUUAUCUAUAAUGAUAGAGUUCAAUGUCUUCACUUUUGUCAACUUCCCUAUGUGCCGAGAAGAACGAUGUGGAAGUUCUGCUCAGCGAUGGGAAGAAAUUGCUUUUCUCACCGAGGAACUCUCAAGCCACUGUGAUACAGAAAGUGACUUAAAGUUUGCUGUAAUGAUGAAAACAUCAGCAGGAGAGAGGGGAGCCAGGGAUGACUCAGGCCCUGUUGGAGAUACCAGUGAAGAGAGGAAAGAGACACAUCUUUGUCAGGCCAAUGCUGUGCAAAAUUGCCUCCAGCAUCCAGGGAUCAGCAUCCUUGACAAACUCAUCAAGACAUGUCCUGUCUGGCUUCAGCUGAACAUGAGCCAGGAAAGGGCUGGGGCGAUCCUUGGCAAGGAAACAGCAGGGAUAUUCUUAGUUAGGAAAGAGGGUAAUGUGAGCAACAUGGUCCUUGCAGUCCGCCUGCCAAUGCAGAACGAGGCUCCUGGUGUGCUGGAGUACAACAUUAAAGAAGAAAAAUCAAUCCUGUACCUGGAAGGAUCUGUCCUUGUAUUUGAAGAUGUUUUCAAAUUGGUUGCCUUCUACUGUGUCAGCAGGGAUUUGCUGCCCUUUACCCUGAAGCUGCCACAAGCAAUAUUAGAAGCCAGUAGCUUUCAAGACCUUGAAAUUAUCUCUAGUCUGGGGAUAGAUUUCUGGGAUUCCUAUUUAAACCACAGAAGACAGGACUUAUCCCACCCUGCAAAAGACUCUGCUUUCAGCACUGGUCCGGCAGACAGUUUAAGACCUACCGAGUGUUUUGCAAAUAGCACAAACCACUGCUCAUGUGAAAUUGAGCUGUCAAUAGGAAAUGACAGGCUGUGGUUUGUGAAUCCUAUUUUUAUAGAAGAGUGCAGUAAUCCUUGUCCUCCAGAUAUACCUUCUCCUGAAGGCCACUCUGGGAGCAUUGAACUCCCCCCUGCCACCAUGAUUACUGAAAAGAGGUCUCCUCGACGGCCUCCUCCCCCUCCACCUUCUCAUGCUCUCAUACAGAAAUCUUCCCUGAAGCUCCCACAGGACCCCAUGACUGCCUGUGAAGAAAACAAGCUUCUUAUUAAGCCACUAGGAAAGAGCUUCGAGGAAAUGAAAAUUGAAGGCAGUGACGAUAAAGAAGAAAGGAAGCAGAGCUGUUCGGCCAAUGAGCCCUCGGCAGUGAGCCCCAAGAAGGGCUCCCAGCCCUCUGCUCCCCCGCGGAGGCGGCUGAGUGAAAGGACCUCAGAGGAGAGCUGUGUGGGUAAUCCUGAAAAUUGUGAAAUGCUGAAAGGGGAAGGGACAGAAGAAAACCAAGAUACAAGUGCAGGGAGCAGAGAUAAAACACUGCUGUGCAAAAAGGCUGUAGAAAUGCCUGGGGAGGUUCCCAAAAGGGCUGUAUCACAGUUUCAGGAGACAAAGCCUGAACCUGCAGAGAAGAAGGAGGACAUGCCUAAGAUACAAAGCAAUGCCACUGAGAAAGGAAAGUCACCUCCUAUCCCACCACCAAGAAGGAAGAGACUUUCCCAGGCACCAAGGAUCCCCAGCUCCUGCCAGCCGAAGCAAAGAACAGCGGCAGAGAUGGCCGUGGCCACGGGGCAGGCUGUGUGCAAGGGCAGCCCAGCUACAGUGACGGGUGGUUCCACUUGUGCACACACCAAGACUGAACCGGGACAUGGCCACAAAUCUAUCAGCUCAGCUGAACUGGAAGGGUCACGCUUGUCCCUGGAGGACCUGGGAGGCAGCACCAUGGCUCAGACAUCAACAUCUGAGCCAGACUCCUACUCCACCAGCAGCACAGAGGAUGACCUGGAGAUGCUGAGUAGUUCAUCUGGUAAAAAGACACGCUCUGUGAUCUUGGCCAAGGCCAAAAACAGGCUGUCCUUGGUGAACCUGUCCAACGUCUUCACGGUCUUUUUGUCUAGUGACAGGAAGCUGCAGAAGAAGAUAGUGGAGCUGGCACAGGACAAGGAGUCAUACUUUGGCAACUUGGUGCGGGACUACAGAGUGUACAGUUUAGAGAUGAUGGCAAAGCAGAGCUCCAGCACAGAGAUGCUACAAGAGAUCCGGCUGAUGAUGACGCAGCUGAAGAGUUACUUAGUACAGAGCACCGAGUUGAAAUCUCUGAUAGACCCAGCCUCCUACACUGAGGAAAAGUUAGAAGUGAUUGCUGAGACAGCUUUGUACAAAUGUGUCCUGAAACCUCUAAAGGAAGCAAUUAAUUCUUCCUUAAAAGAAAUACACAACAAAGAUGGAUCUUUACAGCAGCUGAAAGAGAACCAACUUGUGAUACAAAACACAACUACCACUGACCUGGGUGUCACGACCAGUGUGCCUGAAACUGCUGUCCUGGAAAAGAUCCUUCACAAAUUCACAACCAUGCACAAGACCUACUCUCCAGAAAAGAAAAUUGCCAUCUUGCUGAAGACCUGCAAACUCAUCUAUGACUCCAUGGCUCAGGGAAAUCCAGGGAAGCCCUAUGGUGCAGAUGACUUCCUCCCUGUGCUCAUGUAUGUGCUGGCCCGCAGCAACUUGACCGAAGUCCUUCUGAAUGUGGAGUACAUGAUGGAGCUCAUGGACCCUGCUCUGCAGCUAGGAGAAGGCUCCUAUUAUUUAACCACCACCUACGGGGUUCUGGAGCAUAUCAAGAACUAUGACAAAAUCACUGUGACACGGCAGCUGAGCGUGGAGGUCCAGGACUCCAUCCACCGCUGGGAGCGACGGAGAACGCUGAACAAGGCCCGGGCUUCCCGCUCGUCAGUGCAGGAUUUCAUUUGUAUCUCCUUUCUGGAAAUUAGUGGUCAAUCAAGGACACUUGCUUCCCGUCGCGACACCACAGCUGAGCAGCUGAGCCAGCAGUGUGCCGACAAGUUUGAAGUGUCCCAUCCCAAGGACUAUGGACUCUUUGUUUAUGUUGAUGACCAGUGGCUGCAGCUGGACAAAGAUGCCCUUCCACAUCAUAUCAAAGCCUCCCUUCUGAAGAGUGAAACCAAGAAAGAUUUCCAUUUUAUUUAUAAACCAAUUGAUCAUAAAACCCCACCAGUUCCAAUUGUCAAAGAGUCAGACUUUUCCUAAGGGCCAUGCUGGUUUUUUUUCUGUCUUUGCUGUCAUCCUGGAAGAGCUGGAUAAUUUACCUUGUGAGACUCUCUGGUAUCCACAGACCUUGGAAGUUCUCUGGAGUGUGGCCUUCAACAUAGGGUAGAUGGGCUAAUUGUAGAUGGUGUCUGAACACACGGCAUUUCUCGGUAGAGGUCAUUUGCAGAAGUAAAAGGAGCACUCAGGAGAACGUUCAUCCUCUGGAAAACUUGAAGUAUCAAGCCUCAGAACCUCUCAGCUGCAACCAGCCAACACUGCAGAAUGUAAAUGAACAGUAGAGAAAAUCCAGAGAUCUUGCAAAAAGGGGGACAUUUACUUUAUAAUAAACAAUGGCAGGUGUGAAUCACAUCUGUGCACAAGGCCCUUGAAAGGCCUACACACACCUCAAUCUGUUUGGAGGUAAGACUGUGUGCUUUAUGGUAUCUGUUCACCCAGUUUGAAUAAACUGGGUCUUGUCUCAUGUAUUCAGUGGCAUAGGGGUGCCACCUGUAGAAGAACUCCAUCUCUGUCUUGCUGUCAACAACAAGUCUUUGCCUUUGAAAUCCACAUAAUACAAACAGUGCAAGAUGACCUGUACUUUCACUAAGAAUAUGUUUUUGCCUUCCAUCUGUCACUCAAAUCAGGUAGCAUAGGCAUUUUCAUCAAUGUAUUUUUCUUAAAAAUUCAAAGUCUCCAUCAGUUUUAAAUGUACAGCAGUUUUAUUCAUGUUGGUUGUUUGAUAGUGUCUGGUUAAUUGUAUAUUUAUUACAAUGUGUGAUAUGGUGCAAUUAUUUUUAAAUAAGUCUUUGUAAAGAACUUAAUAAUUUUCCCAGUGUAUCAAACCAGAUUAAAAUUUGAAAGUCAAAAGGAGUUCCAAUUAAAUACCAAUCCCUUUUUACAUGGCUGUCAUUUUCACAAGUGUUAUCCUAGCUGUAAUUCCCACAAGGUUAUUACUUUAAUAAAUUCAGGCUGUUGCAGACAGAACUUUCUAAUUCUCCUUUCUACAUGUGCUUUUAGUCAUUCAGUCAUUGGAGAUUUAAAUUUCCCUGAACAAACAAAUUCCCACAGAAUAUAUUGAAUUAAUGCAAAAGUGCAUUUCGUUGAAUUUGAAAACAAUUUUUCAGGAUUAGAUAAUGGAAACAGGAGCCUUAAUUGCUAGACAGGUCCAUGUCUUCUGGGUGCCUUCACACAGGCAAGAUUCUCACUGCAAACACAAAAUACUGGGUUGUCUGCAUGCAGGAAGUCAGUAACCUCCACUGCAGCUCCACCAACUUGGAAUCAGGCCUAGCAAAGCUCUGAUUACAAAAAGGUGUUUUACUCAGACUUGCUAUUGUUUCCUCCCAAUAACAUUGAAAAGAGAUUUAGGGCACCUUGGGCCAAGUUGCCCAAGGUGUCUGCCUUAUUCCUGAAGCUCCAAGGAUAAAAGGGUAUUGCAUAAAGCUGGUCCCUCUCUCAGUCUCUGGCGCUUGAAAUAAAUGUCCAUGUCUACGUGCCCCAGCUGUAGCCAAAUCUGCAUACAGAUAGCAAACCAGUGCUGUGCAUCUGCCAGCAUGGGCUGUGUGCACAUCUUGUUGGGAAUGGACAACAACCAAGAAUGAGGAACAGUGAAUAACAGCAAUCUUGGUUUUGAGGAUAUCAUGUGCAGAGCUUGCAGUGCGUGACAGCACAGCUGACAUGGUUAUUUCUGCUAUGCGCAGCUGUUGGCACCUCUGCCUUGCCUCUGGGCAGCACGUCUGCAGGAUGCCAGAGCUGAAGCCCUCCCUCAUGCUGCCAUCACCCUCCUGCUGGGAGCCUGGGCUGCUCUCAGGGUGGCACUAGGGAUGCUGGGGCUGAAGAUGAGACACAAGUUUCCAGAUCUGGGAGGUGAUGCUGCUCUCAGGGCCCUGAGGGCAUUCACACAGGUGUGGCUGUCUCCAGUGCCUUCCCAGUGCCCCCCCCACCCUGCCCAUGGUCCAGGACCUCACUUCAGCCUGCCAGGGCUGUCAGCCCCUGCCCCAGUGAUGCUGGAGUAGGAGUGGUCUCCAGCUCUCCUGCCCUCAGCUUGUCCCCCAACAUAUCUCCAUUGCCAGGGAUAUGCUGGAUGCCCAGAGGAGGACUGGGACCUCCCUUGAUGCUCCCCUGAUCCUUGGUCUGAUCAGGUUAUUAUUAUAUUAUAACAUUCACAGUCAAUGAGCCUAAAAGUAAUCUGAUGGGUAAGAGGUUGAAGUAGAAACAUGGAAGGAAAGAAGUUAGGACUGAUAUUUCUGCAGAGCAACUGGACUUUGCACCAGCCAAGGUCAAGCAACUGAUUGAUGAAGUGAAGCACUCCAGCACGUCACAGUGUUCUGGGACAUCAGAGUCACCAGCUGGACCUUGGGGCUAAGGAGAAGUAUAGGAUAGAGCUGGUCAGUGGAGCUUGUGGAAAGAGUGCUAAAUCAUUGCAAUCUGAAUGGGCUCAGACCUAAAUUUGUUAAUGUCUAGACCCAAAAUCAGACCUGCAGAUUCCAGUUUUUGAAAUGCAAGGAGUGCCUUGAACCUUUGAAUUUAUGUGGGCUUUUCUCAAAUUGUACAUGCAACAUUUUCCUCUGGCAUAACUACUGCAAAGCUCUGAUUUGAUUUGCAAGAGCUGCCAUGGCUCUCCCAAACCCAGAGAUUAUUGGUAGUAAUGCAAAUUACUGUGCCUGGCUGUGAGCUGCCUGGAAGGAAAUCCCUGUGCUAGGACUCAUUGCAGAGCGGAGCGUGCUCAGGGGCUGUGGGGCAACUGGCUUGUUCGGUCCCAUCAUAUAAACCACCAGCAACAUUUCAUUAAACAUACAUCUCUGAAAUACAAGGGUGACAUGGCCACAGCUGUCCCUUGUCAGGGAACAUAAGCUGGGAGAUGACCCAUAUGAUGGUAUUUUGGAUGACCCUCCAAGCUCACAGCUCAGUGAUGGCACUCAGGCUCUGCCUGCACCAGGGUCUCAAGAAACAGCCUGGAACAAACAUGCUGUUGUUUUGGUGACCCUAGCAAAGCGUUGAUUCUCCAGCAUGGAUAUUGCUGGAGCAGUUCAGCAUGUCCCUUCCUCUGGACCUUGGUGCCCAGGAUCCUGCACUGCUUUGGACAGGUAUCUGACAUUUCAGAUGGUGUGAGAAAAAGAAGUAAAAUGUGGGAAUGAAAUGGGCAUUUUUAAAGGUUCCAUGGGAUUUUGUUAAUUGGAUUCCAGGGUUUCCUCGUGCUGCAGCCCAGGCGAAGAGGAAGCAGCCCAGCCUGGUGAUCUGUGGCCUCCCCUGGUUAGUCAAGAUGGUCACACUGUGACUCAUGUGCCAGCCCUCAUGUGAGCUCUCAGCAGACAGGAAUGUUCCAGGAGGUAUUGACCAAGUAGGGUUGUGCAAUCCAGCCAAGGUCUCUUCAAACACUCAUUUGCAGAGAAAUGUUGUGCAAUGAUCACUCAUUGACUCACAAGGAAUGGAUCCCAGUGUGAGAGAGAGGAUCAGGGAGACCGGCUGAACCCAGCAACUUCUGCACGGAAACAACCAGCCAGUGUGGCCACUACAUGCACAGAGCUGAUUUAGCACCAGUUUGCACCCAGUGACACAAUUUGUCAAUAAUUCACCGAAAUAAUGACCCUGGCAGGUCAAGUUAAUCCUAAAAUAAAAGCCAUUGAGAUCAAAGACAGUUUC